GGGGGGGGGGCCCCAUGGCCGCGUCGCUGGGGCCGCUGGUGGGAGCCAUCGACCAGGGCACCAGCUCCACCCGCUUUCUGGUUUUUAAUGCAGAAACAGCAGAGCUCUUGAGUCACCAUCAAGUGGAAAUAAAGCAAGAAUUCCCUAGAGAAGGAUGGGUGGAACAAGAUCCAAUGGAAAUAUUAAACUCUGUCUACGAAUGUGUGGAAAAGACCUGUGAGAAAAUGAAAGAGCUGAACAUAAACAUCGCUAACAUAAAAGCCAUUGGAGUCACCAAUCAGAGAGAAACAACAGUGGUUUGGGACAAGACAACUGGAGAACCUCUUUAUAAUGCUAUUGUGUGGCUUGACCUGAGAACCCAGUCAACAGUUGAACAUCUUCUUGAAAAAGUUCCAGGGAGAAACAAAUCUUUUUCUAAGUUUAAGACUGGUCUUCCACUUAGCACUUAUUUUAGUGCAGUGAAACUUCGGUGGCUUUUGGAUAAUGUGGAAGAGAUCAAGAAAGCAGUUGAGGAUCAAAGAGCUAUGUUUGGGACUAUUGAUUCAUGGCUCAUAUGGAGUUUGACAGGUGGAAAAGAUGGAGGCAUUCACUGUACAGACGUCACCAAUGCCAGUAGAACGAUGUUGUUCAACAUUCAUUCCUUGGAAUGGGAUCCUGAGCUCUGCAAGUUCUUUGAUAUUCCUAUGGAAAUACUUCCAACUGUACGAAGCUCCUCUGAGAUUUAUGGUGUGAUGGAAUCUGGAGCUUUGACAGGUGUACCAAUUUCUGGGUGCUUGGGUGACCAGUCUGCUGCUCUUGUUGGACAAAUGUGUUUUCAAGAUGGGCAAGCAAAAAACACGUACGGAACAGGUUGUUUCCUGUUGUGCAACACAGGUCAGAAGUCGGUGUUUUCUGAGCAUGGUCUUCUAACCACAAUAGCUUACAAAAUGGGCAGAAACAAGCCUCCUUUUUAUGCACUAGAGGGAUCUGUUGCAAUAGCUGGAGCUGUUGUUCGUUGGCUGAGGGACAAUCUGGGUAUUGCUAAGUCUUCACAGGAAGUUGAAGAACUGGCUGCAGAGGUGGGAACUUCUUACGGCUGCUACUUUGUGCCAGCAUUUUCAGGACUGUAUGCACCAUACUGGGAACCCAGUGCAAGGGGUAUCAUUUGUGGCCUUACUCAGUUUACAAAUAAGAAUCACAUUGCCUUUGCUGCACUAGAAGCAGUCUGCUUUCAAACACGAGAGAUUCUAGAUGCCAUGAACAAGGACUGUGGGAUUCCACUAAAUCAGUUACAAGUAGAUGGAGGAAUGACCAAUAACAAAAUCCUCAUGCAACUCCAAGCAGACAUUCUCUGUAUUCCAGUGGUAAAGCCAUCAAUGCCUGAAACAACAGCUUUAGGAGCUGCUAUGGCAGCAGGAGCUGCAGAAGGUGUUGAAGUUUGGAGUCUUAAUCCUGGAGAUUUGACAACAGUGACAUGUGAACGAUUUGAACCACAGAUCAACCCAGAGGAAAGUGAAUAUCGCUAUGCCAGAUGGAAGAAAGCUGUGAUGAAGUCUAUGGGAUGGGAGAAAUCUGAAACUCAUUCAAAUGGUGACAUUAGUAUCUUCUAUAGUCUGCCUAUGAUUUUUUUUGUUAUGACUAGCAUGGUAAUGUUAAUCGCAUCAAAGUACGUCUCAGGUAAAUGAGGCUACUUAGUGGACUCACUGGAUGCAGCUGAUUUUUAUGUUUCGCUUUGUUUUGUUGUCUGAAGAGAUUCCAGCACCAACGUGAUUAUGCUACUUUUGUGGCUCAAUCUAUUCAUGAAUCCAUCUGUCACCAGUCCCUGCGUAACUUCCCGGUGGUGCACUGAAAAUUCAGUCUUCAGCUCAUCAUUACUCUGUCCCUUUACCCAAAUCAGCUGCAAAUGCCCUGGAAGCCUUUGUGUGGACUAUCUCACAUCAUCCUAUAAAAUUUCACAAGCCCUAACUUUGUCUGAGAGAGUUGUUUGAAAAAAACUGUAAUCUCUGAGGUAAUGAUGGCAGAUGUUUAGCUGUCCUUUUCAGGAGUUUGGUACUUCAUGCACACAGUUCAGAAAGUUAAUGAUGCACUAUGGAACUUGGUAAACACCUUACAAUUCUUCCAGCUGUUGUUAAUUACUUUUCAUAUGCCAAUGGUUGCCAAAGAUGUUUUAUUGUAGUUGCCACUGGUCUGAAACACUUUCUAUGG